AUGUCCAUCGAUGGCAUGGACUCAAGAGGAAGAGCACCUCAGGAUAUAGUUGCCAUCUUCCACGCUUCGUUUCACCCAACGAAGGGUAAUCUGGUGGACUGGUGUUUGAAGGCCAGCGAUGACCUUGACCUUGAUGGUGUUGAAUUCAGCACCCUUCCCAGUGGUCUUCACCUUGUAGAUCAGGAUGUGGUAUACUUCACGAAGGACACCCUUUCCGGAGUAUGUGUUUUCCGUCGGCGGAGGACCGCCGAACAAGGCCACCGCGGGUUUCGGUUGACAUCUCUCGGAGUGCUACUGGCCAAAUCUACUCGGCCCCGUCCGUGGCGGCAUGUCGCAGCCCUUCGGACUUUAGCCGACUCUAUCUAUCUCUCACUAGAAACUAGAGGUGUUUUGGAGCCAUCUGACAGCGAUUGGGAUCCUGCUCGUGUUUUCUUCGAAGAACGCAAGGUUCGGAGAGCAGAUCUCGGUGGUGCUGGUGACUGGCAUGGUUGGAGCCAUGAACUUGAUAAUCCGGAUUCAGAAUUGUCUCGAUUUAAUCCUACUAUGCAUCUCUCACACUUGUUGCGCAUCCUAGGACCUUCGGCGUUGACGCUAUACAAGCACGUCCUUGGCCGCCAGAGGAUACUUAUCUAUACCCUCCCGCCAGUUGAAGCCGCGUGCAUACUGUGCCAAGUGGCUGCGGAUAUUUGUUACGCAGCUCAGCUUGACCCAUCGACUAAUGAUAUCAAUAAGAAUGACCCGGCAACGCAGUAUUAUACUAGACUUAAAGGAAAAACACAAGAGGGCAUCAAUGUACUUGGCAUGGUUACUCUCAAUGACCUUGACAAGAUGGAUCGCGAGGGUAAAACUGGUCGUGGUUGGGUUGCUUGCACGACUGACGCCAUUUUCAUGGAGAAACCAUCUUACUACGAUCUUCUGAUUGACCUCACGACGUCUACGCCCUCGAAAACUUCACGGCCAACCUUGUACCUCUCAAAGCCACAGCAGCAACCACCUGGUUCCAAAGGGCCUACGCAUCGCCUAUCUCUCUUUCGUUUCACGUGGAGUGACAUAAGGCUGUGGAAUGAGCUUGAGCGCAUUCUGCAGCUGGACGGCGAUCAAUGCGCACAGUCAUGCUGCCGCCCUUCAUCCGAAUCCGAAUCCAGAAAUAAAUCAUGGGCAGAUCCUUGGAGAAUAUAUGAAGAUGUGUGUAUUGUAUGUGCUGGGCUCUGGAUGGGGUCCUGGCGUGGCAACUCAGUUGCAUCCUAUUCUACCGGCAACGGAUCCCUCGCCAACUGGGGCAGCAUCAGAUUAGAAGGUGAUGACGACCUUACUGUUGAUGGUACAUUUGUGCGCAGCGUGGGUAUGGGGAUUGAGGGGUGUCCUGGUGGAAGCACAAACUCCAAGGGAAUGAGAAGGUCCAGCGGAAUGACUUGGCCAGUUGGAAAUACUGGUGUGGACCGUCGCCAACCUUCGUCAUCUUCCGCUACCACGCGAUCUAUGCCACAGCUGUGCAGCACUGGUAAUGAAACAGAUCCAGAAACUAGCGAACAACGCGACCGUCAGGUUUUAACGACACUCGCACUACUCCAAACAUUCCACGCCAACACCAGUUUCCAACUCUCUCGCCUAGUUGAUCUACUUCCCUCUAUCACUUCCGCUACACCAGAGACUUCGAUCACCUACAUUACUCCAAAAGAUAUGAUAUCGUUUGAGCUUGGGCCUCUCAGCUCUCUUGAUGCCCGUUACCUAGAGUGGCUAGCUGACGAAUAUGGCGCGGGGUCGCGGAUUGUGGUGAAGAGAGGAUGGAGGGAUUUAUUUGGAAUGAUCUUUGGCUUUGGUUGA